UCGUAAAUUCUAUUUAUUAAUCAAACUCCAUAUAUAUAGUACUAUAGAAGAAGAAUUCGAAAUAUCGAAUAUUUUGAUAUCAAAAAAUUCUUUUUAUCUCGAAAUCUGAAAAAUAUUCACUUUGUUAUAUCAUAUUACAUAGUAAAAAAUGGCAGGUAUGCUAGCUGGUGUUGAAUGUGCUAGAAGAAGAAAAUUUCAUAAAAAUAAUGGCUUGUUAGAUCCAUCAUAUAAUAUAUCUUCAUCCACAAGAAGAUCUUUUCUUUGUCUAUACACAAGUAGCCAUGAACAUAACCUUACAUCAAGAUUAUCCAAGGAAAGAAAUGCAACAAGCCAAGAAUAUGAAGAUGAGAAAUUAGGUGAAGUUGCAAGAGAAGCCAAACAAAGAUUGGAUGAGAGGCUCAGUUCCCAAUGGAAAUCACAAAAUAAGAGGGUUGCCAAGGGAUACAAAAGUCUAGGGCAAUGGAGGGGCCUGAUUAGCUGACAAAUGGUUUGACCAAUAUUCAAGUUGUAGUUGAGAAAGAAAAGGCUAUUUUUAAUACACUAACGGAUCGUUUCGUUACUGUAUAAGAUACAUUUUAUUUAUAUAUAAAUAGUAUUUUAAGAGUGCUCUUAGUGGACUUGCAAGUAGUGUAUAAGAUUUCUUGUAAUGAAGCUAAUUGACUUGGUAAUAUGUAUUUGAGAAAAGUAUACAAGGGCAGGUUUAGCCAUGCAAUAUGAUAUCAUGAUAUGGAAUUAUGACAUGAAAUUAAAGUUUUGUUUGAAUAUGCGA